GUUCGGCGCGUGUAGUUGUCAUGGCAACAUCGGCGUUCGUCUCGCAUCAGACCGAAGUGUUGAACUUUCGUAAGAGAAAUUUCAUAAGCGAUUAGCACAACAUCAUAAAAACGACUGAUAAUUUCCGAAGGUCGAUGACAUAUGACCUGCUUUGACGUAAUUAUUUGAUGUCUCGAGAAAUUAUGUAAAUUAAGUGUAUGAAGAUACUUUCUUUCUUGACUUAGUGUGCGCGCAAGGAGCACGUGCGUAGGUUGUUGAUCGUGUGUACUGUGUAGGUGUGAACCGAAAAUUGUAUCUCACGUAGAGCAGUAUUUUGCUUGGGUCGUUAUAAAAGUGAAAAUUAAUCGUAUAUUUUCGUUUGCUGUUCGCCAUGGAUGCCGGUUUCCAGGAAAAUAGCGAAUAUUGUAACUAUCGGUCUCCCUUUUCUACACGUUAUGCUUCGAAAGAAAUGCAAUAUAACUUCAGUGAUAAGAAGAAAUUUUCAACCUGGCGGAAGUUGUGGGUGUACCUGGCGCAAGCUGAGAAGGAAUUGGGUCUCUCCGUCACUGAUGGACAAAUCAAAGAAAUGGAAGAAAAUAUUUACAACAUAGAUUUCAAGGAAGCAAUAGAUGAAGAAAAAUUAACACGUCAUGAUGUAAUGGCACAUGUUCAUGUAUUUGGAAAGUGUUGCCCUCAAGCUGCUGGGAUCAUUCACCUUGGUGCCACAUCUUGCUAUGUUGGGGACAAUACUGAUUUGAUUAUUCUUCGUGAUGGAUUUGAUAUUCUACUUCCCAAAUUAGCUGGUUGCAUUGACAGACUUGCAAAAUUUGCACUGCAGAACAAGGAUCUUCCAACUUUAGGAUUUACUCACUUACAGCCUGCCCAAUUAACAACUGUAGGCAAGCGAGCGUGCCUGUGGCUACAAGAUCUGCUAAUGGAUGAACGAGCUCUAUCCAGAACAAGGGAUGAAUUAAGGUUUCGGGGUGUGAAAGGAACUACUGGAACCCAGGCUUCAUUUUUACAGCUCUUUAAUGGUGAUGGAGAAAAAGUAAAGAAGUUGGACCAAUUAGUGACCCAAAAGGCUGGUUUCCACCAGUCAUUUGUUAUAUGUGGACAAACAUACACAAGGAAAGUGGAUGUGGAGUGCAUUGGAGUUCUCAGCAGUCUGGGAGCCUCAGUUCACAAGAUUUGUUCUGAUAUUCGAAUUUUAGCAAAUAUGAAAGAAAUUGAAGAACCUUUUGAGAAGACACAAAUUGGUUCAAGUGCAAUGCCUUACAAAAGAAAUCCAAUGCGUAGUGAAAGAUGCUGUUCCAUUGCCAGACAUUUGAUGUCACUAACAAACAAUACUCUUCAAACAGCAGCCACUCAGUGGAUGGAACGUACCUUGGAUGAUUCUGCAAACAGGAGAGUUACUUUGGCUGAAGCUUUCUUGGCUGCAGAUAGUGUUCUGCUUACUCUUCAGAAUAUAUGUGAAGGAAUUGUGGUUUAUCCGAAAGUGAUUGAAAGACACAUUUCCCAAGAAUUACCAUUUAUGUGUGCUGAAAAUAUCAUCAUGGCUAUGGUGAAGGCAGGAGGAGAUCGUCAGGAAUGUCAUGAGAGGAUACGAGUCCUCUCCCAUGAAGCUGGUGCUGAAGUGAAGCAGAAAGGAUUAGAUAAUGAUCUUGUUGAGCGAAUCAGGAAGUCGUCUUACUUUGCACCAAUCUUACCUCUUUUAAAUAAUCUUCUGGAUGCAAAGACCUUCAUAGGCCGCGCUCCUGAGCAAGUGUCAGAGUUUUUGGAAGAUGAAGUGCAUCCAAUAUUAAAAAAGUAUGAAGGAAAAAUCGAGAAGACGUCUGUUAUAAAUAUAUAAAACAGAAAUAUUCAAUUCGUUGCAUUAAAUUGUAUUGAUGUACAUCAAAUCAUAAAUAUGAAACAUGAAGUUAACUUGCCUGUUUCUUUGUAAUGAGCUCCUGUUCUUGUAUAUCUUGCCAAAUCUAUAACUUUCGGAAAAAUACCAGUUGAGUUAGUAAGUUGUACUCAAUAUACAGGAAGACUUUAAACUAUAUUCUCCCUGUUAUAUGCACUCUAAUGCACCCAUUAUGUUCUUUCUCUUAAAGAGUUGUGAAAUGUAUUUUUUUUUUUUAAUUCUUCCUUACAAAAUAUAAUACUAGAUUAGACAUAAGAAUUUCUGUUAUUGCGACACAACAGUAUCCUGUACAUUAAAUCACAAGAUUCAUUUUGCACAUGUCAUCAUAUUUCAGUUUUGGAUAAUCUUAUCCCAUACUGAAUGAUAUUUCUGCAAAUCCAUAUCUCCCAACUUCCCUUAAUAAAUUUUCAAGUUUUGAAAAUGUAUGAAACCAUAAAUUUCAAAUUUUCAAAAAUAUUUACAAAUCUCCUGAAUUUCAAGUACAAACUGCAUAGUACCUAAAUAUAUAUAGUUAACAUAUGUAUUUAAAUUCAGAUGCAUUUGACUUGAGCAAAAAUAUUGUUUGCUCAUUUUGGGUACCUAAUUCCAUCAUGUUCAGGUAAUAUGUUAAUACUUUCAGUCCAGAAUCCUGGACAUUUUAGCCAAUUUUUGAAGAUUUUUUUAGAGGUAGGUGAAUGAAAUUCAUGGCAAAUAAAACUUGGAAACUUUCUUAACCAGAGAAAAAAUAUUUUCCCUCUGUUAAUUUGAAAACAACCCUUUUUUUAUCCACAAAUUUUGUAUAUAUUGAAACACAAUUUAUACAGUUUGCUUCGGUGUGGUAGACAUAAAAAACAUGAAUAGCCUGACACUGUUUUUUCCUGUAAAUGAAGACUGUGCUCUGCUCAUUGUAGGUGACAAAAAGUGGUAAAUGUGGUACCCAAAGUAUUCAAGGCUCUGUCUACUAGAAUUAAAGUGGUAGCCCAAGCCACUUUCUGGCACAGAAUUGAAAAUGUUAAGCAUCAUUUACCUAUCAGGUUCCCUGUACUUGAAACACUAAACUUGAUUCUAUUUUGAACUGCAUAUCAUGUUUUCUUUCAUGAUCACCACAUCACAGUAUCUUAAGCAGUUCAAACGAUAUUUGAAAGGAACCUAUUUGAUUGUAGCUCUGAUAAAUUGAAAUAUUUUCAUGAAAAUCACACUUGAGCUGUGCAGGAUUUGGAUUUAGUCAGUUUUAGAAGUCAUGCCACAUAGACAACAGUGUGCUCAGAUAGAAGAGAUGGGGACACAAGGUAGGUGUGAAAGUGCUAUAGCGUAAAUGUGUUGCAAUGAUACAUACUUUCUUUUCACCUAAAACCUCUUUCAUUUUUGCAUCAAGAAUAGUUCUUAUGUUUAAUUGCAGUUUUCUUGCAGUAAUUAACACCAGCCAUCAUUAAAUUCUGUUCAGAAGGUCGAUUUUAUAAAAAUAUUAUAAGUUGUUGUGUUUCAGAAAAAAUUGAGUGUGAACAUUAGUUUCAUAUUAAGAUUCGAUUAAGUUUCAUGUAUAGUUUAGUUUUGUAUACAGUUUGGAUUCCAAUUAAACUUGAGCUAGUUGAAAACAGAAUGUAAAGAUAAAAGAAAAGUUAACCAAUAGGGAGAUCAGGACAAAAUAUGUCAAUACAGAGAGAUCUUUAAAUUAAUAAUAUUUGUGUGUAAUAUCAAAACAAAUCACGAAACUAUUUUUUAUGCAAAUAUUUUUACCAUUUGUUGCACUUUCUGAAUGAAUAUUACUGAAAACCUGUGUAAGAUACUGAAAAAACCUCUGUAGAAAAAUGAAAAUAGACUGUAUUAUUUAUCUUCAAAAUAUAUAUUCUUACUGCA